GAAUAUUCAGCACAUUUAAUGUUGUGUAAACAAUAUCUCAUUCCUUACUUUAAAGACGCUCUUGAUGUUCGGUAGCUAUGGUGACUGCGAUUGACCACUGCCCAAUGAAACAUCGAACCCACACAUGUACCCUAGCAAUCGCAGUGGCAGGCACGCACUCAAAGGCAUAGACCGAGCAGGAAUGAUUCCAGCGCAUACACACGAUCCUACGCGACAGGGAGUGUGCGAGAGUGAAAGAGGGCGAAAGAAAAGGCGAUCGAGACGGAAAGCACACACACGCAAUUUCGGAGCUUCGCGUUGACAGCUAGCGCUAGAAACAGCCUACAGCACGGGCGCACCGAGAAGACCGAGAGAAAGUUGAGUCGAAUUUACCGUGAAGCGAGUGUAAGUGCGUUGUCCGGGCAAAAGGUGUGCGUUGUAGCCGCGAGCAUGCAUGUGUGUGUCAUGCGUGCACGUGUGGCGUACUGAAGGGACAAUUUGGUUGGACGUUUUUUUGUUGCCGUAGCGCGCUCCUGCCCAAUACGGGUGUGUUGCGGCCGUGCCAGCUUUCCCUACCAUUUUCCCAAACGAGAGUUGCCAGCACAUUUGGCAGUGUGGAUACGCGCAAGAAACGUGCCCAGGUGCAAGUUCAGUGGCCCGUCCGCAAGAGCGAGCAUAGGAGGUGGUGGAAGAAGAAGUGGAACAACGGCCGCAACUCCCACACGGCCCCAUCAAUCAACGGUAUACCGACACAAAACUGAACCGAAUCAAUCGAGCAAUCCACCCGCUGUGGCCAUAUAUCCACACACAAACACAUUCACACACACACACACACACACACACACACAUACACACACACAUACACACACAAACACGCACGCAGAAGCCAACGGGGUGGCACAUCCCAACAGCUCGCCAACUGUCAACGCCAAAGAGCAGUGUACGACGUGAAAUUUGUCGAAAAUAAUUGUAACCAAGCCAGAAGCAGGCAACGGAGUGAGGUUAGCUUCGCCAGCGAGGUUUUCCGUGGUUGUGAAGAAAGGCAGCAUGCCCCCGGACUUUGUGUCUCGGAUCCCUGUGUAACCGUGUAGUUCGUAGCCUGCGUGCGUGAAUCAGCACCGUCCAGCGGGCAGAGCGCGUGUUAGCAAGCGCGAGGGUGAAGAGAAAACGCCUUUCGGAAAUUAAAUAAAAUAUAAAACGUCCGGACCGACCCUUUCCAUACACACAUAUACGCACGCAACGUACAAAAACACAAGGGUGUCCACCAAGUGUUAGAUCCGGUUCCAUCGUCGGUUUGUGCAAGGAAGACCUAGUGGCUCCCCUAUAUCCAGCCAUCGUCUCUAUCAAACGGUUUAAAAUCAAUCAUCCUUUUCGCUUCCACUCAAUCAGCCGGGCCAUAGUUUAGCUGCCGGGAGGGAGUGGCAGUCGCAGGGCAGCAGUGAGCUAACUAACCGCAAGUACCGUAUGAAAACAACGCACACGAGUAGCAGCAGUAGCAGCGGCAGCCGCAACAACGAAGACGAAGACAACACCGUACGGGGGUAGCGCAUCAUCGUAACCAGCGAAAACUCAAACCGAAACCUCGAGGAAAGAAAUUGGAAAAAGGUCGAAGAAAAAUCGCUGUACUUGUGUAUGUAUUGCUGUCCCGGUCGUACGUACGCACUUUUCGGUAUCGUGCUGUCACCUAGAGCGCGCGGUGUGUGUCAGUGCCCAUCUGUGCCGUGUGGCUCGCCGUGGAAUACCCACACACACACUCGCACGCAGUUGAAAACACGUCAGACGGAUUGGUCCGGAUGCCCAAAACUGUGUUGUUCAGCUGCUCCGGAAUUAAUUGGCGCUGGGAAACGAUAAAGUAAGGAGCGAGCACGAAACCGCCACUCCAUCAGCAGCACCAACACCCCGGAGAGUGGGUGUGUGUGUGUGGAACCGCGGAUAGAGAACAGGCGGACGACUAGAGAACAAGGAGUCACCCCGAUACGGAUGACCGUAUCCCUUGGGCGGCCAUUAUGGCUGAGGAAGUGACGGCCGUGCUACGAAUGAGCAAGGAUGGUAUCACGUUCGGGUUUCAGGUCCGGCAGAUUGACAUCGGUGAGCAUGUCAUAUACAAGAUCCUCGAAAACACGCCCGCUGACAUGUGUGCGAAGGUGGAGAUAGGUGAUAUCGUGUUGAAAAUAAACGGCGAAGACGUCACUGGAUUAGCUACCAAAGAUGUGGUAAAACGUGUUCGGGUUUCACCGAACCCCAUGACGCUGCACCUCCGGAAAGAUCCGCAAGUGAAGCGCGCCAUUUACGAAAUGAUCAAAUCUACUUCACCCGACCGCGUACUUCAUCACCAGCAGAAGCUACAGCAUCAAUCGCCCCAAUCGUCCCAGGGUCCGGAAGAGUAUACGGUGGAGCUGCGACGCAAGAAGGACGACACCCGGCUCGGGUUUGUGGUGCGUGCGACCGAUGUGCUCGAUCAUGUGAUCGUAGAGAUACGCCAAGAUUCGCCUGCUGCUUUGUGUGGAAAGGUGGAAGUCGGUGACGUAUUCCUGAAGAUAAACGAAACGGACGCGCAACAGUAUUCCCCGCGUGAUGUGCUAAAAUGUUUGGGUAGUGCUACUGAACCCAUCAAGUUGCGACUAAAGCGAGAUCCUUGGAUUAAGAAAUACCUACGCGAACAGUAUCAGCAGGAACAGUUGGUAAUGAGUGAUGAUUCGAUUGAGUCACAAUCCUGCAAGGCAGCAGGCGGACGGACACCUGGGAACGGCAAUCCGCACGCGGUGCGCGAAUGUCUUUCCGAAUCUGCCUGUCGUCCGUCCCGCAUUCCGCAGGCAGUUACACAAAGUAACUGGAGUGCGCCACAGUCACCGUCGCGCGGCCGGAAACCGCCACGGCCGUCACAAAUACCGACGGCUCGGCCCGAUAUGCUAGUCACCCGAUUCGUUAUGACUGGAGAGUCUCAGUUUGAGACGCGCUACUUCGCGGACCAGCCACGCAAACGUAUUAAAGCACCGCUGGUCAACUACGAUACGCUUUCCUCAUCUACCAGUCGGUCGGAAGACAAUAGCAACAGCAGCUGUUGCCUGAUAGAAGAUAACGCUAACAACGAUCCAACGCAACCACCCUCACCAGCCUCGCCACUCUCACCAGCGAAUGGGCCGCCGGUAAGUGACAAUAACCUAAUGGGCCGAUGUGACAAUGGUGCUGAGGACGGUGGUCCGGUUGUGAGCAAAAAGAAAUCGCACCCAAGCCACGGCUCCAACGGCAACAACAAUCUACCAACAGGCGUAUUGUACGGUUCGAUCGAUACGAACGGUGACGCAGCUAAAAAAGAGGAGCAUGGCGGUGAACGCGCGGGCAGAAGAGUGGAUGAUGUUACCGUCGGCGAGGGUGGAAAUAGUGGAAACCAAAACGCGUACAGCAAUGCAAAGCUGGCGGAAGACGCCAACCGGGGUGAGUGCGAUGGUCGGGGGGAAACGAAAGACUGUGAUAGUUCGAAGGGUGGUGUCCCUAGUGAAAUGAAACGGGCGCAGCAGCAGCAAUUGCCGCGCCAUCACACUGGUUCGCGAACGAAGGCCGAUCCGACCGAGAUUAGCUAUUCGGUGCCAACAUCGCCCACCACUUACGGUGCGUGCAGCGGUAGCGGGGUUGGUGGCGGUAGCGGUGGUGACCAUCUUCUAUCCGCGGGGAACGCCGUACAUGAUCAACAGCAUCGCAAUAACAACGAGAUGAGCAUCAACUCGAUGCCGACAAGUCCGGAGUACGCUGGUGCGGGUGGCCAUCACCAUCACCAAAUGUUCCGGUAUGGUACUGGCACCGCAGGCGAUGGCAGUGUUGGUGCUGCGGGAGGUGAUACAAGUAGCGGGGAGCUAACCGCUAACACAAACAUGAGUUCUGGUUCGGGACCCAACAGUGGUGGCGGCGGGUUGAUUCGCAAAUGUGAUGCUGCUGGCUUCCGUACCAGCCGGUCGGAGGACCAUCUGCAGCAGACACAACGGGAUGGUGGCAUCGGAGCAGUUGUAUCGAUCGACAUCGACGAGGAUGUAAACAGUUCGCUGAACACGCUGCUCGACACACGCCACGAUUCGCAGGAAUAUGCGGUACCGGAACGUGAGCGGUUUCUAUGGUCGUAUAACGCGCAAUCGGCUCCAAAGACAGUCGGCAGUACCGGUGGCGAGAAUGUGCAUAAUGCCACCGAACCCGGUGCCAACGUGGUCUCCCCACAAUCCUUCUCCAGCUCGGUCAGCUCCUCGCCGCAACGCUCUGCUAGCGAUAGUCCCGCCUCACCUACCUCCGUAUCGAGCUCCGUCAUGUCUUCCUCCGGUGGGUCGCGUGAGCAUUCACAUGCCGGUGGUGGCGGUACCGGCACGGCUAGUUCCUCGAUCGCCAACAACCUUCCAGGCGGACAAGGUGGAAACCAUUUCCAGCACCAGCAGCAACAUCAUCAGCACCAGCAGCAGCAACAUUCGCACCAUCAUCAUCAUCAACAGCAACAUCACAAUCAACAUCAACCAUUGCAGCAGCAACAUUCCUCCGGUGGACAACAUCAUCCGCCCAGUCAGCAGUCGGGUUACGGUGGACGCGAUCACAGUGUGUCGGAAGCUGUAUCGAACAUCUCCAGCCCCGACUACCAGGAUGAACACGAUCUUCUUAGCACGAAAGAUCUCAUGGCGAUGGCUAUUAGCGAUCCGAGCGAUUCCGACUCCACCAUUCUGAUCUCGGAAAACACACACCGGUGCGAUCUGCCGCUAAGUCAUUCCGAUCGUGACCACAAGCUCGUGAUUCAGGUGAAGUCGGGCGAAGGUGGUGGGGCGUCGGAGCUGGAAGAAGAUUAUGAUGGUGCUCGUUGUCUUGCAUUGCUAAAGGAGGCCGAACGAUCCGAGUUGGAAAGUUUCGAUUCGCUAGGAGAUGACGGUAUGAUGCAACCUGGUGCGGCAAAUCUGUUGUCGGGAUAUGCUGACAGCGCGAUGUACGGUGGUAGCGCGACACGCGAAUCUUCGCCACCGGUUUCCGACGAUGGAAGUGAUGUCGAUUCCUUACAUUCUUUCCACUACUCGCCGAAGGGUGUCGAUCUGCCAUCGGCCGAACGGCUUGCCAAGCGGUUGUAUUAUCUUGAAGGUUUCAAGAAGAGCGAUGUUUCACGACAGCUGUGCAAAAACAACGAUUUCAGCCGAGCAGUCGCGGAAGAGUAUUUGAAGUUCUUUUUCUUCGAAUGUCUCUCGCUGGACAAGGCGCUGCGGAUGUUCUUGAAGCAGUUUUCGCUAACCGGUGAAACGCAGGAACGCGAACGGGUGCUGGUACAUUUCUCCAAACGGUACCUGGACUGCAAUCCACAUUCAUUCAAUUCACAAGAUGCGGUGCAUACGCUAACGUGUGCGAUAAUGCUGCUAAAUACGGACCUUCACGGGCAGAAUAUUGGAUCUAAAAUGACUUGUGCCGAGUUUAUCGACAAUCUGAGUGACCUGAACGACGGUGAAAAUUUCCCCAAGGGCGUACUGAAGCAAUUGUAUUAUUCUAUCAAAGACAAGCAACUAGAAUGGGCUCUGGAUGACGACGUAGAUCCUAAAACGGGUAAUCGUACCAACGACGGCAAUGGCAACGGUGGCAAUGGCAAUGGUCUUGGUGGUGUUGGUCUUGUCGGUGUAAAUGGUGGAUCGGGCGAUGGAGGAGCGACCGGGGGUAGCCUGCAGGGGCCACCGGUUGGGCCAAACCCGUUCCUCGAAGCGCCACCAAUGUUUGCGGCCGUCGAGUACAAAAAGGGCUACGUCAUGCGCAAAUGCUGUUACGACACAAACUACAAGAAGACUUGCUGCGGCUUUUUUUGCAACAUUUCAGCCCCAUUCGGACGACGGUCGUGGAAGAUGUUCUUUUGCACGUUGCGUGAUCUGGUGCUGUACCUGCACAAGGAUGAGCACGGCUUCCGGAAGAACCAGAUGUCAGACAAUGUGCAUAAUGCGAUUCGCAUCCACCAUGCACUGGCGACGCGUGCGAGUGACUACACGAAGAAGCAGCACGUGUUUCGGCUGCAAACGGCAGAUCAAUCCGAAUUUCUGUUCCAAACGAGCGAUUCGAAGGAGCUGCAGUCCUGGAUUGACACGAUCAAUUUCGUGUGUGCGUCGUUUUCGGCACCACCGCUCGAAGGUGGAGUUGGUAGCCAAAAGAGAUUUCAACGACCGCUGCUACCGUGCACUCACAGUCGUUUGUUGAUGCGCGAUCAGAUGGCGUCACACGAACGACAGGUGAAUAAGAUAAUGCAUCUGCUGGAAGAGCACAAGGUAUCGACCGCACCUCCGAAAGGGUUGGCAUUGCAGAACUACAAGGAAAAAGAGGUAUACCUGCAGUACGAGCUGAAACGAUACAAAACGUACUACAAUCUGCUUAGCUCCCGCCUAACCAUGGAACCACAGGAUUUCAACAAUCAGCAUCAAGUGAGUGCGGCCGCACUCAACGAUACCGGCGACAGACGGGACGAUUCCUGCAGCACGACCAUGUUGCCACUCGCUGGGUUCGGUGACUUCGGUGCCGCCAACAGUCAUCCGGCACCACCGGGCCAGCAACAACAACGGUCCCAAACCGCCGGUAGCCUUAUGCCAAACUUUAUUCAGGCACAUCAGGGUGGUAAUGCGGUGGGUAACGCGAGAACUCCCGGACUUUCACCACCGGAAACCACCACUGGCCAGCAGCAACAGCAGCAACCUACCAAUACCCUGUAGUGGUAGUAUCCUGCUCAACAGCAUCAACAUCAGCAUACGGUACCGGCAGGAACGGACCAUCCGACACAAUUGUUGGGCCGCUGGACCAUACAGACAAAGCACGUAGGAUUAUUCAUUUCGGGGAUUUAAAACCCACUUUCCCGGGUCUUGCGAACACCGGGUGUUCGGGUCUGCGAACACGAAAUCUAUCUAUAAGAGUGUAUAGGACGAUACGCGGUCAGACAAAUCCGUUAGAAGUAUUGAGCGUACCGACCGGUAUUCGCGGUGACGCGCGGACGCGGAUGUCUUGCAUUCCAAAACAGUUAUUUGUAUGUAUGUAUGUGUGUGUGUGUGUGUGUGAGAGAGAGGGUGUAGGAGGGCAUCGCUUUAAUCCGCUCUCCUGGCACGCAAAAGAGAACGCAUUUAUGAAUUUAUUGAAACUCCUCCUAAAGUUCGCGAAGAACGAACACUUUCUUCAAGACCACACACAAAACAGUGCACAGCAAGUGGUCGUUAGCACUUAUAGCUUGUAUUUUGUGCUUUUUUUAUACAUUUAUACCUUCCAGUGCUGUGUUGCUUUGAUACAUACACUCCAUGUCUCUCUUUCUCUCCCUCUCUCUUUCUCUCUCUAUCUGUAUUUGCUUUCCUUUUUUUUAUUAUAAAAAGCCUUUAUUUUGACAAUUAUACAUACUCUUACACUUCGGGAUUUUCACAAUACUUAUCGCAUCAACAUUUAAUUUCAUUAUCGCAUUUACUGUUCAAAUCUUCUAUAAAAUGCCCUACGAUGAAGCCAAAAAAAUUGAAGCAGAUAUUAAUAAUAACCAGCAUGCUAACCAAAACAGGAAUAGGAAGAAAAAAUACACGCCCACGUACGGCCACACAUACGAACGAACCUUUCCAUACGCUUCCUUAUUCCGGUGAGUAAAAUGUAUCGUAAUGUGGACGUCGAUCGAAACGGCGUGCCAAAAUUUUACAUUUGAACAAAGUUGCCGUUGAGCGAGAAAGAGAGAUAGAUAGAGGAAGCACGUAGCAUCAGCUGCUGCAGAAGUUGCUCAUUGUGUACAGCCAAAAUAGGUGAAUAUGAUAAAGAGGGACAGUACUUUUCAUAAGUGAAGCAGGACUAGGGAAGGAUAAGCGUACACUUAGCAGGUUUAAUAUUGUGCGACAGACAAAGGCAAGUCGCAAAUCCCUUUCUUAAGCGAUUAAGGUUAACCGUUUGUAAAUUUAAGUGUUUAAAAAAAGUAUAUUACAAAACUAUACGAAACAUUUAUAUAUGUACGCAUUCUUACGAUUACUGAUCAUUAUUAUUCAUUAUUAUUGUUUCGCUUCCAAAAGGAUUUUUUGCCCUUAUGAGAGAGAAGCAAUUCAGCAUCAAUUGUGUCGUGGAAUUGUUAGCAACGGUUCAGUCGUUCAGUUUUCUACUUUUUUUUUACUUAUUGUUUAUAGAAAAUGUUCGUCUUUGCAAAAAAAAAUCAUGGCACACAGCACGCACAGAAACACGAAAGCGAAAUGAACGAUGAACGAAAAAUGACAGAGAGCAGACAGACAAACAAGCGGAAAGCAAGCGUUGUGCGAGUGUAGGAGUUUUAGGAAGACCGUUGUAUCAUCUCUUUAUAAAGCCUGCAUUUAAUAUUGAUCAUGUAACGCGGACAUUCAUAUAGGUAAGGUACCACGGCUCAACAAUAACUUUGUUCGUUACUAUCCUACUACCUGAGCGAUGAUGCGAUCAAGCAGGCAGCCAGGUGGCUACCCAAACAACUAUACAAAAGGACACGAAUGCACUGUGGUUGAUCCUACUUAAACGAAAUGAUAGAGACGAUCGAAUUCGCAAUUAGUGGAGUGCAGUUAUUUGCAGUAUUGCAGCGUUUAUGUGUGUGUAUGUUUUUUUUUACAUUCAUUCGUUUCCUCUCACACACUUUCUCCAUUCUUCUCGUGUGUAUUUGCUAUAUUAUUUAUAUUGGAACCUAGUUCAUGCAGACAUAAACUGAUGCGAAAACGAAAGGCUGAUUUGAGAACGAGAAGACAGACAGAAAAUAAGAGCGAAACAGAUACAACCAACCAAGGUUGCGCUGGUACCGGACGCGCCACGGUAUAAAUUUGAGUGUAGCGCUUGUUUGAAGUGGACCCCUGUACUGGUACUUUUGCAUGUUGCUUCGUAUCCUUUUUGUUUUUGUUUAUCGUGCGUACCGAUUUUUUUUUCGUGUGCUGCUUUUUUUCAUCGCUUGUCAUCGUGAUUAUUAGUCACCGUCACGCAGAGGGGAUCGUUGGGAGAGGGAAGGAGGGAGGGGGGGGGGGGGUGGACAGAAAUGCAAAAGUCUGGUAGUAAGAUGUGCGACGCGUAAGAAUGUGGCAAAAAUGUCGCUAUUUAUAUACAUAUAUAGAUAUAUAUACACACAUAUAGAGCAAACGAAUGUGAAUCGACACGGUUAAUAUAAUGGUAGGAUAGAAGUAGCGUGCCUACGUUUUUUUUUUUUUGGUUUGUAUAAGUUUCGCAACACAGACUUUGUCGUCGUCGACACCAAGUCCGAUCGAUUUCGUGUUAUAUUCCUACAAAAUAUUACGUAUUGUAUACAGGACACCGACACGCAAAAGAAUCAAUACAGUACAGUGUUGAUAAGGUGACAUUUGGUUCAAACGAUGAAGCGGUGCAGAUUGUGUGUGUGUAACGAACCGUGCAUUAUUUGAAACAUGUAGACAACACUGUACUGUAAAGAGAUUGCUCAGUGUGGUCAAAAAAACACCCCCCCCCCAUUCCCUUCCCCUACCCUUUGCCCUUUCACAUCUCCUACUCGCACUUCUUCUCCGAACUUCCUCGCCGCCGCCGAACGAAUGAUUUGUAAAAUCAGUGGCACACGUUGUCUAACACAAUUAUAAUCACAUUGUUGAAAGGUUCAUUUCAUUAGGCAAAUAAGUGAAGAAUAUAAUUUAUAUCUUGAAAACAACCGCAA